CUUUUUUUAUACUUCUUCCCUUCUAAUCAGUCUACUAUUUAUACACACACCACAAUAGACCAAUACCCUUCUUCAUAUACAUACUCUCUUCUCUUCUCCAAAGAACUAAAAACCAGAAAGCCCACCAUAAUUUUUGAACCCCUCUUUCCGACUCACCUCUUUCAUUUCUCGUUGUCACAAAUUCAAGAAAAAAGGAAGAAAGAAGAAAAACAUCUGGAUAUGGGUUGCUCAAGGAUAACUUGUUUCAUUUUGUUGACGAUAUUCUUGAGUUCGAUCUCGAGUUCGAGUAGUAGAAAGCUCUUGGAGGAAGAUCAUCAUGAGAAAUUGAAGAAUUCGGCGACUCCACAACAGCCUUAUUUGGAUGCAAAUCAAUUUCUUACUUCCCUUCCUAAAGGUUCUGUUCCGGCUUCUACUCCGAGCAAAAAGGGUCAUUCCUUCACCACUGAUGAAAAAUUAGUCGCCCGCCACUUGGCUGAACAAGAAAGGAUUCUCCGAUCAGUUCCGAGCCCCGGAAUCGGCCACUAGCUAAUUCCCCGGCCACUUUUUUGUUCUUUAUUUUUUCCUAACUCCUUUCACUAGCUAGAAUUUUUGGGGUUUGUCUUCAGAGGGGAUAUAUGGUUAUAUACACUACAGAUCAUUUUUUCUAAAAAAAUCAUUAGCUGUUAGAUUAGGACUUAGGAGGUUGUACGCAUCUUUAGUGUAUAUUGUAUAGGCCAUACGAACUAAUUGGCAGAUUAAUCUGUUACUAAUUCAUACAUACUCUUCUUCAAUGUAUAUGUAUUCUUUUAUUUAUUGUUAUUAACCUUGGGAGUUAAUUACGUACCAUUGUGAUUGAUCAGAACGACACAAAAACCUUUACAAUUUUUGGCCGACUUUUUCACUUCACUGUAUGGUUUAUGUAUAUCAUAUCUCUUCGUUAUAAAAAAAAAAAUUGACUGAUUUGGAUUUUUUUUUUUUAAUAAGUAUACAAAUUUGUCAGAGCGUAGGUAGUUGAUGUAUAUGAUAAAUUAUAGGACUCAAGGUUACAUUGGUCACCAUGAAAAGGG